GCUCUAUAAUACCUGAUACCUGAACAAAUCAAGAAUCUGUCAAUCUCGACCUUAAAGAUAUCCAUUGACUUGGUCUCCAUAGCCUUAUGUGGCAAUGUAUUCCACAGAUUCACCACCCGCUGACUCCUCUUUUCUAAAGGUCCGCCCUUUUAUUCUGAGGCUAUGACCUCUGGUCCAAGACUAUCUCACUAGUAGAAACAUUCUCUCGCAGACUCAUAGAUUAGGUCACCCAAGUGGGACAGCCCCUUUAGGAUCACUGCAUCGUGUUGAACGGAACGGGCAGAUAGAGGCCGAACAAUUAGAAUGAGUUACAUUUUUUGUUGUUGAUGGGCACUCAUAUUAGUCCAGUCAGGAAGAAUCUAAGUCACGGAUGAGAGUUUCGUUAGUUAAGGGGCUGCCCUACUUGGGCGACCUAAUUGACGAGUUUAGAAGAGUUUAGGAGAGUUUGAAAAAAUGUCAUGUUGAAGACCUCUGACAAUGUAGAAGACCUCCUUCGACCUCCUUCGACUAUGUUGAAGACUAGCUUCAACUAGCUACGACUAGCUAUGACUAACUUCGGGAAAAUUGGACACCGAAUAGUGGAGAGUGAAGAUGACCUCCUUCGAUCUCCUUCGACCUCCCUUCGACCUCCCUUCGACUAUGAUGAAGACUAUCUAUGACUACCUUCGACUACCUUUGACUACCUUUGACUACCCACGAUUACCUACUACUAACAUGCUGACCUACUACGACUAAACCUACGAGUAAAAAAAUGUUUUUUUCCAUGGCGACCUUUUUUAACUCGCGGGCAUUUUUCAAUAUGUUGAAAAAUACGCCGCGACCUAGCUGAGGCCUCGAGUACACGGGGACUACUCUCGAGCAUGAAGGAGAGUUACGAAGACCUCCUACGACCUCGUGUCGAUCAUGCUGCGAGUAUGUGUCGAGGGCAAACUCGCCAGAACUGGCGGAUUAGGUCACCCAAGUGGGACAGCCCCUUAAGUAUUUUGAGCGGCUGAUAAAUAUUACAACUGCAUUUGGCGAUGAGAGAACUUUGGGGUCGCAAGUUCAAGUGGUGUGGUGGGGGAAGGAAAGGGGAGGAUGUGACGCAGAAUUCCAGAAAGACUGGGCGUCGACAAUAUGUGAGGUGAUACAAGCAAAUGUGCUUGCUAAUGUUCAUGUGGGAGUUCUGGUCUCGCAACCCAUACAGUUGCAUCUGUCAAAGCAACCAAUCACCCACGUCGGGUGCAGAAAUGCCAGCCUGUCAGCUGGCCACGGUGGAUGUGUUUGAGGGAAGGGAAGGCAGCCGUGAACCCGAGUGCUGUUGCUCUUUCAGCGGCCGUGACGGCUGCACGGCGAUAGCCUAGCGCCCUGCGCUGCUCCAUCGAGAAAGGUGAUUUGCCCACACACGCUAAAUGACACGUUGGACAGCCUCCACUGUAAUAAGUCUCCGUGCAACUGGCAACGAGAGGAUGUUAUUACUGGAUGUGGCUGUACGUGUUAUCUUUCCAGGAUUGCCUGAAACCGAUGGAAGCUUUCUAAAGAAAUAAUUUUUAAAAGCAUUUUCUAUCUAUAUUUCUAUCUAUAUCUAUUUUGUUUGUAUAUUCGAUUGUGUGGCAGGCGUGUCGGUUGGUAUUUCGGGAGAGAAUGCUGGUGGCAGCACCAUGUGCACCAGGGGUCAGAUCAUCGCCAGUCUCUUCGUGCUUUCUGCUAUGGAAGUAGGCAUCGGGGUCACCAGCGUGGUUUUGGGGGCAGUCAGCAUCGCGAAGAGCCGGGCUCGCCAGCCCCAGCUCGGGGACUCUUCACCGGUAUGGAGCGGUGUUUGUUUUUUAAUGUGUGGAAUUUGUGGAAUUGUCUGCGCCAAGAAGAAAUCUGGUCGGAUAAUGAUAUUAUUUUCUGCCUGUUGUAUCUGUGGAUUGAUCGGAGGAAUAUUAAAUUUUCAGUUUCUGCGAGCAGUAGCAAAAAGGACAACAUUUACUUACCCCAUUCACCUCGCUUCCAUGUCAAUGGCAUGCCUGGGCAUUGCGGGAUGCACCCUGUCUGCCUGGCUCACUUGUCGUCUGGCCAGCAACGAGCAACAGAGGAUGUUCUUGGAAAGAGACCACUCGCUGCAUCACUCCCAUGAAAUGACAGAAAAAGCAAACCCAGAAAAUAAUAGGCGGGCUGUAACUGCAAUAGGUGAUGGACUUCAGACCAUAACAACCUGACCUUAUAUGAGGAAACUACAGUCGUCUAUUCAGGAGAGCUUGAAAGGCAUGGGAUCUAUGGAGCUUGGAGGCAGCAUAGAAAUUAUGGUUUGUCCCAUAAUAUUCAAAUAUUUGUGAUUUGCAGUGUGUUAUAUCAUCAUGUCCAUACACUUAAUCACCAGCACCCUUUGUAUUACUUUCUAUAUUUGAAUCAUCCAUCAGUAUAUAUUUCGCAGAAAGUAGACAGAAACAUUAAGGAGGAACAUUGAUGGUGCACUAACAGUGAGCCAUGAUGAUGAACUGCAGCAGAAAUUGUCGGUGAUGAGUAGUGACUGGUGCAAGGCAAAGUGAAUGUGCACCUGAUUUGAUUGGAUUUGCAUUGCAGAAAGUGUACCGAUGUUUGUAUAAAAUGUAAGAGCCUAAAACCUGGAUGUUUUGCACUCUUUGUCAUAAUAUUAAUGGGACCAUCUUCCAUAUCAAUGCUCUUGGGGUGUAGUAAUUGUAAGAUGAGCAAUUUGAAGUUGAGCACAAGAUCCUUGGCCCAUUUGAAAUAACCCCCACAAAUGCUUCUUGGCUCAUGUGAAGCCUUUGGGAUCCAGAUUUCAAGACACUGUUCUAGCCAGCUUGAACUGUUAUGAGAAAACACCAAGGCAUGGAUUCCAAGACAUCAUUGAUGCCUUAUGGUCUACACACAGGCUGAUUAUCAGGUAUAAUAAUCAGUUGCCUUGUGCUGAUGCUGUGUUAGAAAUAACAAAACAGCAACUUUUAUUUUUAUGAGUAUCAGUUUGGCAUUGUCAAAUAUUUUACAGGUUCUCUGUCAGAAAUAAAUAUUUGUAGCAGACAGUAAUUCUUAACUUGAUUUGUAGAUUUGUUUAAUAGAGCAUUCUGAGAAUUGCUGAGAUAAUAGAAAUCACGUUUCAGAUAGAAUGAGCCUUCACUGAAUUCUUAUCAAAGUUGAUUAAUGCUGAUAGGAAAUGUAUCCUUCAGAGCAGGUCAGUCAGCUAUGUAGUCAAUAGGAGUUGUACAGUUUCAAAUUUGGCAACAGCAUACAUACAAGUAAAUUGAAAGAUAAAGAUGUAGCUGUAAAACAAAGGAUGCCCAUUCAGUAAAACUGAACAGAAAUUAUUCACCUUCACUAUAUUUUCUUUCUUAUGUGCAGAAAAGAAAGUAUAAUUUACUCAAAGAAAAAUAAAAUAGAUCACAUGUUCUCUGUCAGAGAUAAAUAUUUGAAGCAGACAGUAAUUAUUAAUUGCAGAUUUGUUUAAUAGAAAAUUCUGACAAUUAUUGAGAGAUGGCAAAAGCAUUCAUGGAUACUUGAAUCUGUCUUCACAAAACAUUGUAGUUAAGGAAGAGAGAAAAAUAUUGGAUAGGAUAAACCUAUCAAGUAUGAAGCUCUAUAGCAUAUUUGAAAGUGGAUAAAUGGCAGGCCCAAAUGAAAUAUAUUCAUGCUGUUAAGAGCAGGAAGGGAAAACAUUGUAAAAACUCAGACCAUUAUUUUUCAAUCCUCCCUGACUAUAGGAACAGACAACAGCAUUGGAGGAUGGCUAACAUUGUAUUAAUGCUUAAAAGGAAGGUAUAAACCAAGUAAUUACAGGCCAGUUCCAAGAGGUAGUACACCUUCAUUUAGAAUAUCACAGAAUAGAAUGGGUUAAGACAUGACUGCAUUUUUUGUUGCAGUUUGAGUCAGACGACAUCAAUUUUAGUGAGGAUUUUGAAAGAUGCCUACAUGGCAGAUUUGUAAUAAAAAAAUGUUCCAAAGAUACAAGGGAUAAUGGCAAAUUGAAUGCAAAAUUGUCUCAAUAGCCAGAAGCAGAUUAUAAAGGCUGAUUAAUGUACUUUUGUCCAGGACGCUGAUAUUAAUGGGAUCAUUACUUGGUCCCUUGUUUUUUUGGAGUAUAUAUUUUCGACGUAGACGUGCACAGAUGUUAUGGCAAUUUGAAAAUGAUAUAAAAAGUGUCUGUGUGGUUGACAGUGAGGAGAAUUCUUUAAAUGCAGGAGGAUACAGCUGGUGCAUUCACUUGAGCAGAGCAGUGGCAAAAUGGAAUUCAAUUCAGAGAAGUGUGAGGUGAGGCAAGAUAAUAAACUGAAUGCUUUCUAUUAUUAGCUCGGAUACAUAUGAGCAGGGAGGUUAUGGCAAACACAGUAUGCCACUUAUAGUUGUGGUCAUCACAUUACGGAAACAAUGUGAUUUGUCGUGGAGUUUUGGUACAGAGGAAAUGUGUAGCGAUGUCUGGACUCAGAAUUUGAAAUUCUAACUGAAGAUUGCAUAGGCAUUGGUUUUCCUUGGAACAAAGAAAGCUGAGGGGCUCUGUAAUUGAAGUAUAUAAAGCAGGCAAAGCAGCUGAGCGGCCAAAAAGCAAGGAAGAUAGUUUUAAAAUAAUUGAUAAAAUUAGAGAGCGAUUGAGGAACCAUGUUUACAUGCAGAAAGUACAGGGAAUCUGGAAUUCACUGCAUAAAGAGGUAACAGACACAAUGCACUGCAGAUGCUGGUUAACCAAAAAUACACAAAGUGCAGGAGUAACUCAGCAGGCCAAGCAGCCUCUCUGGAGAACAUGGUUAGGUGUGGGAGGUGAAAGCUGAAGGAAAGGUGGAGACGGAAAAGUCUGGCAAGUAGUAGGUGGA